AUGGCUUAUCACAACUCCGAACAAGGAAAUGGUUCUCCUGGAACUGGUUCUCUACCGCCAGCGUUCCCAAAAUUGCCGGUGCCGAGAAUGGCAAUACAGUCGCCGCAACCGCAGGUUGACGACAGACCGAUUUCUCCAACACCUGGAACAUCAGCUGGCAGUGAACUUUCACAGCCGAUGAUGUUAGAGGUGCAACUCGACGAAGACGUACUGGUUUUGCUUGGUGAUGCACCUAAGACGGAGACCCCAAUGGGUCCAGCAAUUUAUAAGAAUAUAGCCAAUCGAUGGCAAGACAUACUUGAAAAAGGCGUGAAAGAAAGUCUUUUGAAGAAUUAUCUUAUACCUUCCAACUAUGACCUCCUGAUGUCACCAGCUCUAAACUCGGGGAUUAAAGCAGCUGACAGAGACCACUAUAAAACGAGACUCGUCACUUUUGUUCAAACAAAAGCAGCUAGGCGUCACCAUUGCAGCCCUAGUUGCUGUUGCCAAUAUGAUCAUUUUGGACGAAACUGGCAAACAAAAAAUUUUAAAACCUUUAAGCGACGUCUGUCGCAUUUUUUGCGAUUGUCAUUUUAUGGAAUCAAAAAUACGUAG